AUGGCCACCCUUUAUUACCAACGUCACCACUUCUGCGGUUGCUGGAUUCCCGUUGAAACCAGGCCCUACUCACCUGUCGAGCGGCGGUAUCUUCCUCAGGUCGAUCUGAACUCUUCGACCACCAUCCUCGCCACCACAUCCCGUACCACCCUCAAGCAGACAUUUGUCAACGACCAAGACAAGAAAUUGGACGAAGUUCAAUAUACCUUUCCCCUCUACGAUGGCGUCAGUGUCGUCGGCUUCACUUGCACCGUUGGACCCAAAACCAUCGUCGGGAUGGUGAAGGAAAAGCAGGAAGCCAGAGUUGAGUAUCAGGCAGCCGUGGCUCGAGGGGAAACCGCUGGUCUACUGGAACAAUUGCCCGAGGCCUCUGAUGUCUUCACCACUUCAAUCGGCAAUGUCCCGGCGAAUGAGAAAGUUCACAUUGAGAUCGUCUACCUCGGCGAACUCAAGCACGACGCCGAGACCGAUGGCUCACGAUUCACCAUCCCGACUAUCAUUGCCCCUCGUUAUGGCGCAGUCUCUGGAGAAUCUGAAAGCACCCUCUUGAACAGUGCGUCGAAAAAGGGCCGCAUCUCCAUCUCUGUCGACGUCACUCUCGAAGAUGGAACUAUCGUCCGCGGCUUGCAAUCCCCCAGUCACCCUAUCGCCGUUACCAUGGGUCGCACUUCCCAAAUGGAUGAAGACGCGUUCAGUAAUAAUCACGCCUCAGCCACACUGACGCUUGGUUCCGCCGAACUCGACAAAGACUUUGUUGUCGUCGUCUUGGCCAGGGGCACUGACACUCCUCGUGCUCUUCUUGAGACACACCCCACCAUCCCCAACCAGCGCGCUAUCAUGACAACCCUCGUGCCAAAAUUCAAUCUUCCAAAUAUCUCUCCCGAAAUUGUCUUUGUGGUCGAUCGGAGCGGCAGUAUGGAGGGCAAGAUCGAACUCGUCGUGUCUGCAAUGAAGAUCUUCCUAAAGUCACUCCCAAUUGGCGUCAAGUUCAAUAUCUGUUCCUUUGGCUCAACCCAUUCAUUUCUCUUCAAGCGAAGUAAGACAUAUGAUCAGUCGAGUCUCAAAGAAGCUUUGAGCCACUUGAACACUUUCGCGGCAAACUACGGAGGUACAGAGAUGCUUCAGCCUGUCAAGGCCACUGUCGCGAACCGAUUCAAGGACUUGCCUCUGGAGGUCAUGCUUCUCACUGACGGCGAGAUCUGGAACCAAGAGGAGCUGUUCACCUUUAUCAACGAAACGUCUGACGCCCGCUUCUUCACCCUGGGUAUCGGCCACGGGGCUUCUUCUGCCCUCGUCGAGGGCAUCGCCCGCGCAGGCAACGGUUUCGCUCAAUUCGUUGGUGACAACGAAAAGAUGGACCGACGAGUCGUCCGCAUGCUAAAAGGGGCACUCACACCUCACAUUACCGACUAUACCCUCGAAGUCACGUACGGACAAGGCGCGUCGCCUUCCGGUGAUGACGAUUUCGAAAUGGUUGACUCUGCCAGCACUGAGACCCUGACCGUCCGGCCCGUCGCUAGCAACACCCAGGAACCAGAGCAGAAGAAGCCAAUCUCCCUGUUCGACACCAGCGCCACAGAGGAUCCACCCAAUCCUCCUGCAGGUCGUUACGACAACUUGAUCAACGUCACUGCUCCAAAGAUCCUUCAGGCUCCCCACAAUAUUCCGACCCUGUACCCUUUCAAUCGGACCACAGUUUACUUACUGCUGGGUCCUGACGCUCCCAAAAAGGCUCCCAAGUCUGUCACUCUCCGUGGCACUAGUCAACAUGGUCCUCUCGAGCUUGAGAUCCCCAUCCAAGACGUCGGGACUGGUAAGACACUACAUCAACUUGCGGCAAAGAAAGCUGUGCAUGAACUCGAACAUGGCCGCGGCUGGAUUACCGAGGCACGCGAUGGGAAUGGCAAACUCAUCAAGACCGCUCACGAAGGAAAGUGGGAUCUGAUCGUCGAGCGCGAGGCAGUUCGGCUGGGUGUCCUCUUCCAAGUGGGAGGGAAAUGGUGCUCAUUCGUUGCCGUCGACAAGGAAAACCAACAAGAGCAUAAGCCUACUCGUAUCGAUACUGGAUCGGCGUCGGAAACCGUGUCUAGACGACGCGGCAUUUCGAGUCAGCCUCCAGGAAGGGCAUUGUUCUCAGGGUAUGCUGCCUCCCAGCCUGUGAGUAACCAACAGUUUGGGGGUGGCUCCAGCUCCGGCUUUGGGCUGCUCGGCGCAGGGGGGGCUGGCGCUGCUAGGGGGGUUGGGAGUGCGAGAGUAAGCAGGAUCACCAGGGGCAGAGCAGUGGCUGCACCGCCUGUGGCAAUGCAAAUGAGUCAAACAGCAGCGGCAUUUCCCGGAAGCGCUCCUGCACCAGCUUCAGCGACUCAACUUGAAGAUUAUCAGUCUGGCCUCAUGACGCUCCACCAGGAGAACAAGGAUCGCAAACGGAUGGUGGCUAAUUCACAAGCACAACCGCCUCCGCCGCCAGUGAAUCCGGGCAGUAACUCUCUCUUUGGGAGUCCAAGUCCAGCUUUUCACUAUCACUAUAGUUCUAACCCUCAGCAGCACAGCAGCGGCAGUGCCUCUCCAGUUGUUUCUGCGCCUGCGGCUGCAGCUUCAGUGGCAAAGAAGAAGAAGGGAGGUUCUCGUCCGCACGGGAUGGGCUUCUUUCACGGCUUUUCCCGAUCUCGCGAACACGGAAACAAUGACGAAGGCGGCGAGCAUUCAGAAGACGAAGAUGUCCGGACGUUGCCUGACACAGAGAAAAUGCACAAGAUCAUCGCCCUGCAGGAAUUUGACGGCUCAUGGCAAGUCUCGGACAAGCUUCUUGAGCUCCUCGGUGUUAGUGCCGACCAGUUUACCGGCUUGGAUGUGGGUAUCUAUUCGGCAGUGGGAAACAAGACACACAGAGCCACCGCUCUGGCGAUUGCCUGGCUGAAGGUCAAGGUUCCAUCCGAGGAGGAUGUCUGGGAAAUGGUGGUCGACAAGGCAAUGGGCUGGCUCUCAGCGCAAACCGAAGAUGGCAAUGCCGACGAGGCCGUCAAGCUGGCCGGUAAAGUCUUCUAG